GAUAAAUAGGGUCGCCUUUUAUAUAUUUAUUUUUCUCUCGCUCCGUGCCCAUUCUGACGAAUAACCCAAUCUCGGCCGUUCUUUUUGGGCCGUGCGUGUUCUGUUGCAUGUUCUUCGUGAGCGAGAGUUAUCUGUGGAUACCACGUUGGAUAUUUAAGUGCAGUGUCUUCCCAUGGAAAGCGACGAGUCUCAAAUGGCAGAGCGAACGGGUGUACCAGAGAGGCUGAGGUCAUCCGCUUCCUUUGACACCUACCCAAGUGACAACAUGGUUUCCUAUAAGGAAUCGUGGUGGAGUCAGAGGUCCUCACUCGAAAAGGGUCUCAUGGCUGGUCUCUCCGUCCUGGCCGCUCUCUCACUCGUCAUGGUUGCUCUCGCAGCAUACGCCUUUCUACGAGACACCGGAGGGUUGGAGAAACCGAGCUUUCUUGGGUCGGUGGAUGUGUGCAAUUCAUCCGCGUGCCAGGAAAGAGCUUCGAUAAUCUUGGCGGCAAUGGACGAGGCUGUAGACCCCUGUGACGACUUCUACAGUUUUACUUGCCGCAACUGGGAGAGAAGUCACCCCAUACCGGAUGACCGUGCUCGCUAUGGGCAGUUUGAUAUACUAAGGAUUCAGCUCCUCCAAGAUCUCAAAGAUAUCUUCGAGCAGAGUCCGUACAAGAUGCCUCAACAACAAAAUAUAUCGGACAAAGUUGUUGCGGCUUACCAGUUGUGUGCGAACAGCAGCCUUUCUAGUGAAACAGCGUUGCAGAUGCUGAAGGCACAAGUUGCGUCGACUCUUGAACGCAACUGGCCACUACGAGAGGAAGAAGAAUUCUUUCUGUUCUUCAGCGACAUCAUCGCGAAGAUGUACACGAAGGCCGAUCACAUGGGCACCAGUUCCAUCUUUUCUAUUUCUGUCGCGCAGGAUCCGAAAAACGUCACGCACUACAUAAUUACUAUUGACCAGGCGACUUUCGGCAUCGGACGGAACCAGCUCAUAAAUGCGACAUCGCCGGAGAACAAACCCAUUGUCGACGCGUACAAGGCCUUCAUCAAGGGAGGCAUGAAGGCUUUCGACCCACAGUUGAAAGAGGACGAACUCGACAGAAUGGUUGAAAAUGUAUUCAAUUUGGAAGCAGAACUUGCGAAGCGAUCAAGGUCACAGGAAGAGCGACGCGACAUGAACAGUAUGUACCACAUGAAGUCCAUCAAGGAGUUGCAACAGGAAAUGCCAGAUGUGGAGUGGCUCCGCAUGCUCAAUUCCAUGCUGAGCGUCGUGAACGUUACCCUGCAAGAAGAUGAACGUGUUCUGGUAAAGGAACCUGGAUACUGCAUCUCAACGGCGGAUCUUCUCAAGGCCACCAAUAGGACAACCGUGUAUAACUACGUCGUGUGGCGCAUGCUGCAAACCGUAGCACCAACGGCGGAUCCAACGUUCCGCGAACUGCAGUUUGCCUUUCACCGUGUUACCAAAGGCCUGAAGAAGAGCGAACCCACAUGGCAGAAAUGCAUUCAGAUAUUGCAGGACGUGGCAUCAGACGCACUAGGAAGGCUUUACGUCGACCACAAGUUCAGCGCUGAAGCGAAGGAUGAUAUGAAUAAACUGGUGGAGGAGCUGCGAGAUUCAUUCUCACUCCUUCUGGACGAGAGUCGCUGGAUGGACAAGGAGACAAAGAAGGAAGCCUAUAAAAAGCUUCAAACGAUGAUUCCGAAGAUUGCGUACGCAGAUUGGCUGACGAAUGAUACGUACCUGGGCAACCUAUACAGUGCGGUGGAGGACGUAUCACCGGAAGCUUCUUUCCUGGACAUCUUGUUUAACUUCACGCAUAAUGGUGUCGUCCGCACCCUGAAAAAGAUACACACCUUCCACAACAGGAGCGAAGAGUGGAUCACAGGUUCUGCGAUAGUCAACGCAUUCUACGACCCUGAAGCAAAUUCUAUCACCUUUCCAGCGGGCAUCCUGCAGAGUCCAUUCUACGCGUACGGCCUGCCUUCCCCCUCCAACAUGGGUGCAAUUGGUGUGGUAAUCGGCCACGAGAUUACACAUGGCUUCGACGAUUCAGGGGCACAGUACGACGAUGAGGGCAAUCUUCGCGAUUGGUGGUCGAACGAAACCCGGGUCGAGUUCAAGAAGAAAGCCAAGUGCAUUAUCGACGAGUACGGAAACAUAACGGACGUUCAGGCCAAUAUGAAACUCAACGGAGAAAAUACUCAAGGCGAAAACAUAGCUGACAAUGGCGGACUCCGUGAAGCUUUUAGGGCCCACAGAGUAGCAAUUGCGAAAGGUGGAGGUGUUUCGGCACCGGCGCUUCCUGGCCUCCAAAAGUAUACUAGCGACCAACUGUUCUUCAUGUCCAUGGCUCUGGUUUGGUGUACAAACUACCGCACAGAAGAACUGAAGCAUCUCAUGCAGUACGAUCCCCACAGCCCCGGCAAAUAUAGGGUGAACAUUCCAAUGGGCAACUUCGACGAAUUCUCCAAGGCGUUCGACUGUCCAGCUACCUCACGGAUGAACCUACGUGACAAGUGUGUUCUGUGGUGAUUACUGAUGCUUCAUAAGUAAACAGGGAAUGAACUAUCGAGAUCGUGUGACGUGCGUCUCCUGAUACAUGUGUUCAAGGGCCAGGUCAUCGGAAUUUUGCCACGAAUCACCACAUACGGACAGCUGAUGAACAGUCUCGAAAGCACUUUCGACUGCAAUGACUGGCAAUUUGUCCUCACUGUACAUCAUCAAAAAUACUUUCGACGCAGUGUGCAACGACGCUGCCUGCAUGUAUGUGCUCUGUUGUGCUGCACUCUUACCGUGCGGCGAAGGGAGUAUGUUUUGAGAUAGCGUCAAGUAGAGGAAGGAGGGGGAAGAUGAGACAGAUAUUCGCAAUUGAAUAUUGAAUAUUUAUUUUUCGUGAUAAAAAACAAAAACAAAAAAACUACCCAUCUGCACAUUCUCAGAGGGCUAGAGCUUCUGUAAAUCAGAACGGACUUAACCGGUUCUAAAAUAAACACAGAACAAGAAAUUCGAAAAUGCAAAUUUUCUCAUCUUGCCCCAACCCUCGGCGCAAGACGAGACAGAGCGUGAGGCAAGAUGAGACACGCCUUGGUAAUGAACUAUACAAAUUAGUUUUUGCACUUUAAGUAACCUACACAGCCCCCUUGAGCCCACCGCCUGCAUGAUAAAAAGCACACAUAGCCCAUUGCUAUUUCCCUCCACCGUCCUUUGCAAACAACGCACCGCCAGUCUGAUGUGUCGCUGGUCGCUCGCUUUCGAGUGCGCUUCUGCUUUGAUGGGAAUAUCCUAGGACGCAGAAGAAUUUGCUGGAAAAUCGUAGGCAAUAUGCAAGAAAGGAAUCUCUAACGAACAAGCAUAAGCCCACCUCAUAGUUGAGCGAUCAGUCUCUAAACUACAUUAAAUUUAAAUUACAUUAAGUCGUCGCUUCUUGCCCCGUAGAUACCACUGAAAAAUAAAUGCAUCAGAGCAUUAAUUUUUCUGUUAAACACGGGUCAACCAAGAGUGCCCAUAUUUUGCAUAUAUUUAGAUGAAGGAAUAAAGAAAUAGAAUGCGGACUUCCAUUGACAGAAUAAACGUGCGACACGCUGCUGCACAGCUGACAGGAAGAAGGACUACAGAAAACCGCGCCUUUUUUGCGGGUCUUUACAUUCUAGGCAGUAGUAACCGAUUUUUUUUCUCUUCGACGCAAAUACCAAUCAGGAUAAUUCUCACGUGCAAUAAAGGGGACAUGCAAAGCCACCAAUGAGUAAAGGUUCAAGCGCAUGGGGCAACGUGUCUCUGAGACAGGCGGCGUCGAGCAAAAAAUGUCUCAUCUUGCCCCACCUUACCCUAUACCGACGAAUACCUGAAUAGCUACUGUAUACAAAGACCGCCGAAAUCUAUGAAUUUAAACGUUGUCUUCCACAACCACGCAACAUUGGCAAUUGUCCGUGAAUAUGGUCCCUGUAUGUAUGAAAGAGUCACUGCGGAGUAAUAGCCGCCCAGACACACGGGCGAGCUAGGACUCCUUUGCGGUGGAAGUCCUUUAUUGCUUUGAAUGAAGGACAGCUUCUUGAAAGGAGGUUGCCUGGUGACACACGACAUCGUCGGCUUGUCCUUCGCUUAGUAGCACCAUCUGAAAUGCGGCUUGAUAGUAUAUCAUAGGUUCGUGAUGUCUUUAUAAACUGAAAUUAUUAAAUUUGCUGCAAAGUGUC